AUGGAAAUAACGAAUAUCCUGAUGUGUUUGGCUGCUACACUCUCGGCAGUAUGUCAUGGUUGUUCAACGGGAAAGGAAUUCAUAACAACUUUUCUUCCUAACUACUUGCCAGAGUGGGAACAUGAGCUCCAUGUGGUUGUGACGACUCAGGGCUCUGAAGCCAAUGUUCACAUCCAGGUGGCCUCAGAGGGUUUCUCCAAGCGGCUGACACUUCCUGCAAGCACAAGCCUUUGGGUUCCUCUACCAAUUGGAUCUGAGCUGCAGAAGCAGUUUCAAAAUGAAAACUCUGCUCUUCGAAUCUCAUCUAGUGCUGAAAUCUCCGUGGUCUCUUUCAACCAUGGGCACUAUACAGGAGACAGCACAAUGGUUUCUCCAAGAGAAGAACUGGGCACUAAUUACUUUGUCUUCACUCCCUCAGACAAGUCCACAGUUGGGAUGGACAAGCUAUUAGCCAUUGUGAAUGGGGAUAGCCUCAACCAGAUAACUAUCAUACCUGGUGGUGAUGUGAAAUUCCAUGAUAAGACUAAUUGGAGGAAGAAGAAGGCAGUGACCAUUACCCUGAAACCAUAUGCAUCCUACCUUGUGCGCAGUGGUAGCAGUUUGACCGGGACACAGAUUCAAUCUCAGCAGCCUGUGGCGGUCUUAGCAGGUCACCAAUGUUUGACGAUGAGUCAAAAAUGUGAUCAUGUGUAUGAACAGCUCCCUCCAGUGGCAAGCCUGGGGAAAGAAUAUGUCGUACCCGUGAGCAACUCUAAGGCCAAAAACUUGGCAGUAAUAGUAGCUGCUGAAGACAACACUGAGGUGACAGUACAAGGGGGACAACAUUUCACCAAAAAGUUAAGGAAUCUAAAGAAUGCUGGGGACGUCUCCUCAGAGAAAUUUACCUCUGAACAUCCACUGUCUGUAAAGAGCGACAAGAAAGUUAUGGUGCUGCUUCUCAGCGACAAUGUACCAAGUGACCCUUUACUAAUAAGACUGAUCCCAACGCACAGGCUUGGCACUGAUUGGGCAGUGGAGACUGAGGAUGGGAUUCCAAGUACUGUCGCUAUUAUCUCAGAGAGGGAGGGGUCAGGCAGUGUGAAGGUGUGUGUAAGGGGAAAGUGUUCCUCACCCAAGUGGCGUCAUUUCCUGAACCAUCUGCACUGGGUGUGGUCUAAUGUAGAUGUGGGGGAUAAGCAGAGUCAUGUGACAGUGAAAGGUGACGCCCAGAUGGCGGUUUACGUCUACGGUGGGAAGCAUAGAAGAUCGUUUGGAACUGCUGGAAUCUGUUCUGAAGCAGCUCCUCCGCCUACACCGCCCAAGGAUCCCUGUGAAGAGGUGAAAUGUCGAGUAAAGGAACGUUGUGUAAAUGGUGAAUGCGUCCACGUUUCCACAGCAACUUGCCAUGCUGUUGGAGACCCCCACUACUUAACCUUUGAUGGUCAGCGCUAUAACUUUCAGGGUACCUGUACUUACAUUAUGGCAAAUGUUACAAAGACGGCAGCCGACCUUGUGCCUUUCACUGUGAUGACCAAGAAUGACCACAGAGGCAGAGGGAAAGUUUCAUUUGUCAGGACUGUAACUGUCAGUUUUCACCAGCAGACAGUUAUCAUCGGCAAGCACAGAGGACGAGCACAGGUUAAUGAAGAACUUCAGAACUUACCUAUCAGCUUGUUGGGAGGCCUGGUCACUGUAAAGCAGAGUGGAAUCUAUGCAGUACUCAGCACUGACUUUGGCCUGACUGUAAAAUAUGAUUGGAACAUGAGGCUGUACAUCACAGUGCCAUCCUCCUACUACCAAAACCUGGGUGGCCUCUGUGGUAACUACAAUGGAGACAGGAAGGAUGACCUGCCUGAAGGCUCCAGUCUCCCUGCUGUGUUGAAGAUGAUCCAGAAUUGGAAGGUGAAAGAUUCUGAUAAGUUCUGUCAGGAUAACUGUAUUGGUAGCUGUCCACACUGUUCAACAAAGGACCAGGCCCACUUCAGCCAGGACAAAUUCUGUGGGAUUCUGAAUAAGAAAACUGGACCAUUUUCAGCCUGCCACAAACAAGUCGACCCAAAUUUAUACGUGGACAAUUGUGUCUAUGAUGUCUGUGUCAACAAAGGUGCAAGACAGGUAUUGUGUGAUAACCUGAAGAGUUAUACAGACACCUGUCUGACAGAAGGAGCCAGUGUCAGCCCAGAGUGGAGAAUGGUUGCCAAGUGUCCCCUUCCGUGUCAAAAAGGUAGCCACUAUGAGGCAUGUGGUUCAGCCUGCCCUGCCUCCUGUGUGUCCCUGAACAGUGAGGAGCAAUGUAAAUCCCCCUGUGUGGAGGGGUGCCAGUGUAAUAAAGGACUGGUGCUUAGUGGAAACAGAUGUGUUCCAAAGUCCAGCUGUGGAUGUGAGUACCAGGGCAAAUAUAUCCCAUCAGACACCACUUUUUGGGGCGACAACACUUGCACCACCAGGUGUAAAUGCCAUAAUGGGAAAGCCGAGUGUACAUCAUCUACUUGCAAGAAGAACGAGGCCUGUGUCGUGAAGGGGGGUGUGAGGGACUGCUACUCAACAUCCUAUGAAACAUGCAAGGCCACUGGUGACCCCCACUACCGAACCUUUGACAGUCGCCGGUUCGAUUUCCAGGGGACUUGUACCUAUAUUCUGUCCCAACUCACCAAGGGAUCAGACCCGGAUCUGGUCCCAUUUCAGGUGCUGGUCCAAAAUGAGAACAGGGGUCGUAACAAGGCUGUGUCUUUCACCAAGUCGGUGUCACUUCAUGUGUUUGGAAAUUUAACCAUCAGCAUGAGUCGUGCCAACCCAAGGAAAAUACUGGUAAACAGUCAGUCAGUGAAUCUGCCCUACUCCAUGGAGGAUGGCAAGCUUUCCAUGUUCCGGCGUGGCUACUUUGUCAUCGUGACAACAUAUUUUGGCUUGACACUCAAGUUCAACUGGAACAGCCAUGUCAGCUUGACUUUGCCCAGUUCAUACUCUUCUGCUACAUCUGGCUUGUGUGGAAAUUAUAACGGGAAAGGUGAUGAUGACUUAAUGAAACCUGAUGGUACCCAGGCCGAACAAAUUCAUGCCUUUGGACACAGCUGGAAGAUAGGAGAAGACCCUGGAUGCACUAGUGACUGUCCUGAUGGUAAAUGUCCUGAGUGCGAGCCUGCUUUGCUGCAACAUUACAAACAGGAGCGCUACUGUGGUGUCAUAGCUUCCAAGAAAGGGCCGUUCAGACACUGUCACGGUAAACUAGACCCCACGCCCUUUCUCACAGAUUGUGUCUUUGAUCUGUGUAUGUACCAAGGCCGUGCAUCCGCCCUAUGCGACAGCCUAUCAGCUUUCAGCACUGCUUGUCAAGAUGCAGGAGCUAAAGUGGAAAGUUGGCGAACCGAGCAGUUUUGUCCUCCCACAUGUGGUGCAGACAGUCAUUAUGAGAUGUGUGCCCCCCCCUGCCAGCUAACCUGCAGUGGUCUUGUGCCCCCUGAGGGCUGUGACGACAGCGCGCCCUGCACAGAAGGCUGUGUGUGUGACGAUGGCUUCAUGCUGAGUCAUGAUAAUUGUGUACCUCUGGCAGAGUGUGGCUGUCUGUACGAAGGACAGUAUUAUCAAAGCGGACAGGUGUUUUAUCCAGGAGAGUCCUGUAAAACUCGUUGUGUCUGUUCGGACAGUGGAGAAGUAGAGUGUGAUCCUGAAUUCCAGUGUUCAGUCAAUGAGAAGUGUGUUGUGAAAGACGGCUUUGCUUCUUGUUAUCCCAAAGGGGUUGGUUCCUGUUCUGUGAGUGGAGUCAGAACAGUCAGGUCAUUUGAUGGACAGGCAUAUCCUCUUUGGGGAAACUGUGUGUUCAAGUUAUCAGAGGUGAAGGAGACGGAAGGAGGGUUGACAACCUUCUCUGUGUUUGUAGAGCAGCAAACCGAUAAGGGUGGCAGUGUCAGUCGCAGUGUGGAGCUCAAUGUUUACAAUAUUGAAAUCACAAUGGAGACUGGAGUUCAAUGGGAAGUCAAGGUAAAUGACGUCAGAGUUCCGCUUCCUGUGUCAUUGGUUGACGGAAAAGUGCGAGCUUAUCAAAAUGGCAUCAGCAUUAUCAUCGAGACGGACUUUGACCUUAAGCUGACCUAUGACUGCAUGGCAGGCGUGUUCUUGCAAAUCCCAUCCACCUAUCACAGCUCACCGCUCGGUCUCUGUGGCAACUAUAAUGGCAACGUUUCUGAUGACCUGGGAUCAGCAGAAAAGAAGCCAGCAGACAUGGUGGCAGAUUGGGUAGAGAUGAGUGACCAAACGUCCUGUGAGACAGGCUGUGGUGCCAGUUCUUGCCCUGGUCCUGAUGACAAGAUGGUCCCAGAAGCCAAAAAGGCUUGUGACAUCAUCAAAACCGAAAAGGGUCCAUUUGCAGGGUGCCAUUCCACAGUUCCCCCAACCCCCGACUACGAUGCUUGUGUCAGGGAGAUGUCCACAGGCGAAGGGGGCAUGCACAUCCUAUGUCGUCACAUCCAGAGUUAUGUCACUGCCUGUCAACUAGCUGGCGCAAAGAUAAGCGAAUGGAGGAGCAAGGACUUCUGUCCUGUGACAUGUCCCACAAGAAGUCACUAUGAGCUGUGCUCCUCUUCCUGCUCCUCCACCUGCUUCUCUCUGGAGCAGCCAGAGCCCUGCCCAGUGUGCCAGGAGGGCUGCCAGUGUGACGAGGGCCUGAUGUCUGAUGGAGUCCGCUGUGUCCCUGUGGAGGAAUGUGGCUGUGUAGUGGAUGGACUUUAUUAUCAGUCGGCUAUAUCUAAAUAUCAGGAGGACUGUUCAGAGCUCUGUGUCUGUCAGUCUGGACAAUUCAACUGCAGCUCAACAAGUUGUCCGGAGGGGAAGGAGUGUCGCAACGUGAAUGGAACAAUUGGCUGCUACCCCACAGACCCCUGUGCUGAGAUCAAGUGCAGGGUGAAGGAGCACUGUGAGGUAUCAGAAGGCGAAGCAGGCUGUAUACCUGAUUUUAAGGCCUCAUGCUCGGCCUUCGGUGACCCACACUACAUCACAUUUGAUGGAUGGAGUUAUUCAUUCCAGGGAACCUGCACCUAUGUCCUCGUCAACACUACAGGUCUCGAUCCAUCCCUGCCAGAGGUAACUGUGACCACCAAGAACGAGUUGCAUGGGAACUCUGAAUUCUCCUAUGUGCGUUUACUCACUGUGGAGAUGAUGGGCCACAUUAUAUCCAUCCCAGUUAAUAAGAAAGGCAACAUGUUGGUGGACGGCAUCAAGACAGAACUUCCUGUUAUUCUUGAAGAAGGCGGCCUCUCCAUAAUACAGUCUGGAAUCAGAGGAAUUAUCCAGAGUGAUAUUGGCGUUGAAGUCACUUUUGAUUGGUCCACAUUUAUCAUGGUAUCUCUUAGCAGCAGUUACUAUGGUAACGUGGUUGGACUCUGUGGAAACUUUAAUGGCAAAAAGGAUGAUGAGCUGACGGCGGCCGGAGUCACGGCUGUUAAUGUGACCGAUUGGGUCAAGAAAUUGAGUGUGGCUGAUGGUGACCCAUUCUGUUACCAUUACUGUGAAGGGGUGUGUCCUCAGUGCUCAAAGGAGGACCGUGUCAGGUUCACUGGUCCAAAGUACUGCGGCAUUCUGAGUGAUAAGCAGGGGCCUUUCUCUGGCUGUCACAGUAAAGUGCCAGUAGCAGAGUUUGUGUCUGACUGUUUGUAUGACGUCUGCGUCAGUAAAGGACGACCUGAAGUGUUGUGUAACGCCUUGAACAGUUACUCCACAGAGUGCCAGGAAGCUGGAGCAUCCAUUAAACAGUGGAGAGAACUGGCCAGCUGUUCUGUUAAAUGUCCGGCCCACAGCCACUACGAAGUGUGUGGUUCAGCCUGUCCAGCCAGCUGUGGUCCUCAGCCAGAUGUGUGCCCCGCCAAAUGUGUGGAAGGCUGCUCCUGUGACCCUGGAUAUGUCCGCAGUGGAACUGAGUGUGUUGUCAAGGAGACAGGCUGUGGCUGUAACCAACGUGAAAAGUACUACCAGCCAGGGGAGGUGUUCUGGGCUGACUCACAGUGUGAGGAGAGGUGUGUGUGUGACGGAACAACACAAAAGGUGCAAUGUAAGAAGACUACGUGUCCAUCCGGGGAGAAAUGCGGCAUCGUGGAGGGAGUCCAAGACUGUUACCCAGUCAGCCUUAAAACUUGCACCGCACAUGGAGAUCAACACUUCAUCACCUUCGAUGGGCGCCCGUUCGAUUUCCAGGGCAACUGUGUCUUCAAGUUGGCAAGUGUGUGUGGAGACACAAAAGGUCUACAGCACUUUGAGGUCAACCUGGAGAACAACAACCGUAACAGAAAAAUAGCGUCAUAUGCUAAAGCGGUGACCGUCAAAGUCUAUGGUGUCACAUUCAAACUUUCACAGGACCACCCAGGUGGAGUACUGGUGGAUGGGAUUGAACAGUCUCUACCAUUCUCACUCAAUCAAUCGCUGAUCCAAGUUUAUCACAGAUACAGACACGCUGUCAUUGAGACGGACUUUCUUAAGGUCUCCUUUGACUUCGCUAGUGCAGUGAGGGUGGAGCUGGCUUCCAGUUAUCAAGGUGCAACCUGUGGUCUUUGCGGAAACUCUAACAACGACCCUGCUGAUGACCUGAUGCUGCCCAGUGGGAAAAUGGCUUCUAACGCCAAUGAGUUUGGAGUGAGCCAAUGGCUGGCCAACGUGGAAGGCUGCUCUCUUGAGUGUGAAGACUGUGCUCACCCCUUCGCCGCUGACUACGAACCACCAAGUUACACAUCAGACUGCAAUGUCAUAACAGCAAAGGAUGGGCCCCUGGCGGACUGUGUAGGCCGCAUAGAUUCCAGGCAGUUCCAUGACGACUGCAUACGUGACAUGGUGUUUAAUAACGGGAAAGAGGGGUCAGCAUGUGACAUCAUCAGUGACUAUGUGGAGGAGUGUCAGAGACAAGGCGGCUCCGUCAAGCCAUGGAGGACAAAGAAGCUGUGUGGGAUGCAGUGUCCAGACAACAGCGAGUACAGUGUAACAGCUCCUGGCUGUCUAGUCAGCUGCUCUUCCCAGUCUUCUCGAUCUAAGUGUACAGCCAAACCCAGUGAGGGUUGUGUGUGUAACCCUGGUUUCCUGCUCAGUCAGGAUCUCUGUGUGCCACGGGCCAAGUGCGGCUGCUUCUUCGAGGGUCAGUACGUUGUGUCUGGACUGACCUUCUACGCAGACUCUGACUGCCAGCGCCAAUGUGUGUGUCAAGGAGGGGCGGUGACCUGUGAGAACAAACCCUGCAAAAAGAACAAAAAAUGUGAAAUGAGGAAGGGAGUGAGGAGUUGUGAGAAAAACGGGUAGAACAGGACACAAACACAGGUGGUGUUAAUUGUGUAUGCAAUCAAUUCUAAUCAGAUGUUCUUCUGUGGUGACUGUCCAUUUGUAAUUUAAAAUGAAGCUUCCCUUCACUAGACUAAGAUCUCCUCCUUAUUGAUUCGUAAAUCAAUCAUAAUUUACUCCAGGUUACAUAAUGUACCCUACUAUGUACACCAAGGUAUAUUCAACUAAUCAUGAUAAGUUAAAACGAAUGCAGCCUGAUACUACAGCCGUGCAAAAACACCUCUCUGUACGAGGUUAUUAAUUAUAUUUUAGUGGGAACAGAGAGACAUUCAUUUUGUUGAAUGAACCUUUUUGAAGCUGUUGAGCUGUACUGCAUGAUACUGUACUGACAUUAUUCAAAACAGGCUCAAUAACAGAAACAGCUCCCUGUGUAACCGCAAAUAACUGCUGUCACUACUCUCCUGUAAAUGUGGAGGAUUGAAUUAAUUAUCGUCCUUCUGCUUGUUCCUCUCACAUAUACAAUAAACUUUAUUAGUUUGCACUAA